AUGGAUGAAAUUGGAAAUUGGUUUAAUAAGUUACCAUUUUGCACAAAAUUUUUGGUUUCAAAUGUUGUUAUAAUAACUGUGGCAUUGACUAUGUGGCCACACAAUCAUAUCAUUAAUGAAUUAGAGAAAUUUCAGUUAUGGAGACAUUACUCGUCAUUUUUCCUUUUUCCGUUUGGCAUUAGUGGGGCAAUUGAGUUAUAUCUCUUGUAUUAUUUUUCUAAAGAUUUAGAAACUACCAAAUUUUCAAGAGCAACAGCAGAUUAUGUUUAUUAUCUUUUAUUUAUAAUUUCGAUGAUAACUGUAUCCUUUGAUAUUAUGGCGAAAUAUUUACCAUUUAUAUUUUUAUUAUUAGAUGUGUUAUAUGUUCUAUAUAUUCCAUAUGACGUAGUAGCAGGAAUAAUUGCAGGUCAUUUAUAUUUUUACUUAAAAGAAAGAUAUCCUGCGUCAAGUGGCAUACAAUUAUUAAAUACUCCAAGAUGGUUAUAUGAAAUGUUUCCAAAUUCAUAUCGUUCAUCAAAUACGUCAAAACCAACGAUUAAUAUUGAUCUUAGAGUUACACAUGUAAUAUGGGAUAUCGUUGCUUUACUGAGUCUGCUUG